CGCGAGCUUGCCGCGGCUCCUUCUGUUUUGUGUGUGUUUUUUUUUUAAACUUUGCGUCGAAAAGAGAGAGGAGCCCUGGAAGCGCAGGCCGGCUGCAGGAAAGAGCUCUGCUCGGGGUCCUUCUCCUUCCGCGGGUGUUAAAAAAAAGUCCCGCGGGGAGCGAUGCUCCGGUGAAGGAAGAGCGGGGACCACCUUUCCCCCCACACACACCUCCUUCCCCGCCAUCUCUCGACGGGAGAAAGGGAAGGGACUGCCGGGGCUUCCCGGAGGGGGGAGGGGUCUGCAGGAGGCUAUUUUUUAAUACAUCCAUUGAACGGAGAAGCUCACACUUUGGGGAUAAUUUUCUUUCUCUCCAAAUACCCGCCUCUCUCACCAGGGCGAAACGGGGGAGGAGAGACUGUAGGGCCCUUGUUUCCCCCCCCCCUUUCUCUCCUCCCAGCCGAAUAAGACAGUGGUGCAGAAAAGGCCAAAAUGACCACUUAAGGCCCGAAAGAGAAGACAGCGAGGGCCAGGGGCUGGCUUUUUGUGUGCGUGUGUUUGCGCGCGCGCGCGUCCCUGAAAAAAAAAGGGGAUGAGGAAUUUUUACCUCCCCGCUUUCUUUUUGGCACCUUCCCUCUCUUGCCCAGAGCGGUAGUUCCCUGUCUCAAUCCUCCCUCCCUUUCCCUACAUUUGCUUUUCAUCCUCGCUAUCCUCUUCCUCCCCUGGUGCCUGGCAGAUCCGUUAACGGGGUCUCUUUUGCUGGGGAAGAUGGCGACACCAGGGAUGAGCUGGCAGCAGCACUAUUACAGCGGCAGUUCUUCGACCAGCACUGGGAAAUUCAACACCGGCUCGUCUUCCUCAGCGAUGUCCUCCCAUUUCGGCAUGGAAUACAACCAGGAUCUCCAUCUCAAAAUGAGCAAGAAAAUAGCUCAGCUAACCAAGGUAAUAUAUGCUUUGAACACAAAAAAUGAUGAACAUGAAGCUGCUAUGCAAGCUCUCAAGGAUGCUCACGAAGAAGAAAUUCAACAAAUUCUUGCAGAAACCAGAGAAAAAAUUUUGCAAUAUAAGGGUAAAGUUUCUGAAGAAAUGGAUCUAAAAAGAAAAAUCCAGGUCUUAGAAGAGUCUUUAGAAGAUCACAAAAAGAUGAAGCAUCAAGCCUUAACUGAAUUUGAGGCUUAUAAGGACAGAGUUGAGGAUAUGCAACUCUGUGCAGAAGCUCAGCAUGUCCAGCGUGUUGUAACUAUGUCACGUGAAGUGGAAGAAAUUAGAAAGAAAUUUGAGGAAAGAUUACGAAGUUUUAUACAACUGCAGUUACAAUUUGAGAAAGAUAAACGUUCAGCUCUGGAAGAGCUGAAAGCUGCACAUAGACUUGAGGUCCAAGAACUUACGAAGACACAUCAAAAUCAAAAUGUUACUUUAAGCAAAGGUCAGGAAAAAAUAGAAGAAUUGCAUAGGCAGGAUGUGGAACAGUUGAAUGCUAAAAUAGAAGAGCUAAGAAUAGAAAGAAAAAAACUUAUUGAGGAGUACGAAGGUAAACUCAGCAAAGCUCAAUCUUUCUAUGAACAUGAACUUGAUACUAUGAAAAGAUCACAACUGUUUACAGCUGAAAGCCUGAAAUCCUGCAAAGAAAAGGAAGUAGAACUAAAAAAGGAAUUUCAGAGUCAAGAAUCAGUUAUACGAAAAAAUCUGGGGAAGCUUAAAACUGAGUUGCAGAUGGCUCAGGAUGAAGCAGGGGCUCUUCGAGAAAAAUGCCAGAAGCUUCAGGUGGCUCUAAGUACCUCAGAAAACAGUGUACAGGCUCUUCAAAAACAACUAGAUGAUGUCAAAGAGGAAGAAAUGUCAUUGUUAAGCAAACACAAAGAGGUUGAAAUUGAGUUAGCAGCUGCAAGAGAGCGCUUACAACAACAAGCCACAGACCUAGUGCUAAAAGCUAGUCAUGUUGGAAUGCUCCAAGCUACUCAAAUGACUCAGGAAGUCACAAUAUCUGAUUUGGAAUCAGAAAAAUCCAGAUUAAAGGAGAAAUUGUCUCAGCUGGAAGAGGAAAGAAAUGUGUUACACAGUAAAACACAAAGUCUGGAUGAAAGACAAAGGCAGCAACUUGUUAUACUGGAGAAGAGAGUAAAUGAAGCAAGGGAAACACAACAAGAAUAUUAUGAAAAGGAGCUAAUGAAAUUGCAAGUUAAACUAGAAGGAGAGACUACACAGCUAAAAGAAGUUCAUUCCAAGGCUUUGGAGGAGUUGGUAUGGAAACAUAAUACUGCUCUUGAAGCAGCACAUAACAAUGCUAGCAAGGAAAAAAAGAAACUGCAAAUGGAGCUGGAGCAGCAAUUUGAGAAAGAGAAACAACGUUUUGAAGAUGAGAAGAAUCAACUCCGACAGCAGUUGGCAAGCCUAAGGGAAGAACUGACAACAAAAUUGACUUCCUCCAAUCAGGAGGUGGAGCAUCUACAGGAUGUCUUAAAGAAAAGUGAGCAGGGCCUUAAUACUGCAGAAGGACAGAUUUCUAGCCUUCAGGAAACCCAAGAAAUAUUGCAAAAAGAAUUAGAAUUAACCCAGACAAAACUGAGAGAAACCACUGACUCCUUGUAUAAUGUUGAGGGGGAGUUAAACCAGGAGAGACAGCACCAUGAAGCAAUGAUUGUAACCAUGAGGGAAGAGGAAAAAUUAAAACUUGAUAGAAUGGCUCGUGAUCUGGAAAUAAAAUGGACAGAAAAUCUUCGGCAGGAAUGUACAAAACUUAGAGAGGAAUUGAGACUUCAGCAUGAAGAAGAUAAAAAGUCAGCAAUGACACAACUCUUGCAGCUAAAGGAGAGAGAGAAAAAUGUCGCCAGAGAUAGCUGGCAGAAAAAAGUGGAAGAACUUUUGGAUCAGAUCACUCUGCUAAAGCAAAACCUAGAAAUGCAGCUUUCACAGUCUCAGAACACAAUGCAACAGUUGCAGGCACAGUUUAGUCAAGAGCGGCAGAGACUGACCCAAGAAAUUGAAGAACUGGAGGAAGAGCAUCAGCAGAGACAUAAGUCCAUGAAAGAAGCACAUUUCCUUGCCUUUCAGAGCAUGGAAGAAACAAAAGAACAAGAGCAAAAGGAACUUGAGGAACGCUUGCAACAGAAGUAUUCAGAAGAACUUCAGGCACUGAAAGAUGUACACAGACAUGCUAUGGAUGUUUUCAAAAUAGAAAUGGAACAGGAAGUGCAGACUCUUCGCUUUGAAUUGGAAGACGAAGGGAAAGCAAUGCUUGCAUCUUUGCGCUCUGAACUAAAUCAUCAACAUGCUGCAGCAAUUGAUCAGCUCAGGCACAAUCAUCAACAAGAAGUAGCAGCAGCUAAAAUGGAACUUGAAAGAAGCAUAGAACUCAGCAGGCAUCAGGAGAAAGAAUUUAUGUGCCGAAUAUCAGAUGUACAGGAUGAACUGAGGCAUCGAGACUACCAUAUAUCAGAAUUGGAUAAGGAAAUACUUGCUUUGCAUGAGAACAUAAGUGCAUUAACUAAGGAAUUGGAGUUCAAAGGGAAGGAAAUUCUACGAAUACGUAGCGAAUCUAAUCAGCAAAUUAGGCUACAUGAACAAGAUUUAAGCAAGAAACAUGAGAAAAAGCUGGAUGUCAUGACAGCUGACCACAUCAGAGAGAAACAAAGUAUGCUGGCAGAUUUUAAUAAGACCCAACAGCUGCUCAAGGAAAUUAAUUCAGCUUUGCAAGUUUCGACUGAACAUGACACUAAAGAUGCUUGUUUAGAAGAAAUGGAAGAUAAAUAUCAAAACAGGGAACCAAGGCCAGAAGACCUGCAGCUUAUUGCAGAGCUGAAAGACCUGAUUGCUGAGAGGGAUCAGCUGAUAAAGAAGCUGAUUGAUGACAAAAAGUUCUAUCAACUGGAACUAGUCAAUAGGGAGACUAACUUCAACAAAGUGUUUAAUGCAAGUCCUAAUGUUGGUGUUAUUAAUCCUCUAGUAAAGCCCUCCUCAGACUGAAGCUUCCCCAAUGGCUUCACCAGAUCCACAACGUCAGGAAUGGUUUGCUCGUUACUUCACAUUCUAAGAGAUUAUUUUGAAUGGCACAGCAUGGUGUGGACUGUACUGUUCAUAAUAGCAUGACCUUAAAAUAAACCCUUAUGUGAAAUAAGCUUCCUUGUAAUAUGUCAAACACUGUGAAUGAGAACGUAUUUGUCUCUGAUUUGAAAAUGCACUCUAUUUUAUGUGAUACUUGUUGGAAUCACUUGACAUAGUUAUAUAAAUGUGCUUAAUGACACUUAUUUUUAUUUAAAAUUCAAAAGUAUUUAAACUUUGUAAUUAUUGCAUAAUAAAAUUUCAUAGAAGAAAUGCAAUCUUUCUUUCACUUUUCCUAUAAAUAUGUAUUUUCUUUAGUUUCAGGGAACAUUUUCACAUCCCAUUUCUCUCUCAAAUGCAAUUAAUUGCAUGAUUAUUAUAUAUUAAAAUGUUAACAAUUUAAAAAUCAGGCAGUGGCAAAAUAUGUUUAAAUCCAUAUAUUUUUAAUUAACUUAAGAGAAUUGACUUUAAAAAUUGUGGUUUAUUCCAAAAGUGGGGAAGACUGCUAAAUUAUAAUAAUAUAUAAAGCUAGGUGGUAAUAAGAUUAUAGUAAGAAAAAUAACAAGUAUUUUAAUGUUGAAGUUCAUCAACUUUUGUCAUAAAUAUUUUAUAUAUAUAUAUAUGCAGAAACAAUGCUCUUUAGACAUUUAACAUUUGGGGUUACUACAUUAGAUAAUGCUAUAUUAAUAAAGUGAAAUUUAUGGAAAGCUGCAAUUUGAGGAUAUUAUCCUUUGGACAAAACUCAGGCAUUAAUGAAAAAUAGUUCUAAACAAAAUAAUUAUGCAUAAUAAAGCAUGCAAAUCUUUCAUUAGUGCUCCAGCAUAAAUGUUAACAUUUUUCUCUUCCAUUACAAAAUUAAGCCAUGACCACGCAAUCUUUUUCAACUGGAGAAUGUGCCUGAUUUUCCACUCUAUUACACCUGUCUUAUAAUUGUGCAGGUUUUCUGAGAGAAAAGAUGUAAUAUACUGGCAAAUCUGGUUUUUAUAUAUUUUGUUGAUACUAUUGCUGUUAUUUCCAAGAUUACCACAAUAAAAUAACACUGGUAAUCUCAGGGAGAAACUUUUGUUUUAUGAAUGUACUUUUAAGAUCUGAUCUUUGUAUGCAUAAAGGGAGAGUUAGGGAGAUUGUGUAGUUAUUUUAAAAACAAUUUUUAUUCUUAGAUACAAAAAUAUAGCUCUUCAUUAUUUCUGCUAAAGCCUGACUGUGUCUUCCCAUUAUGCAACAGCAUAAUCAACCAAUGGUACCACCAAUAAUAUAAUGAGUUUUAUAUGUAGCAUAUGUACAAAAAUUUGUAUGUUUUCAUAUAAAAUGUCCUAAUCAAACUUUUCAAAUUGUAUCUCCUGUAAACUCAUCCUGAAUGCUUCACUGGAAGCAAUGUUCUAAUGCUUUCCUGAUAAUCUAAAACAGUAUUUGGCAGAUAUUCUAUGGUCUAUGUAAAGGUAUAUACAGCCUUUUCAUUAGAAGAAAGCCAUAUUAAGUUAAAGUUGGAUUUCUUGGCUGUUCCUUAUAAUAAAAUA